GAAGUGGUGGUGUGGUGCGUGUUUUUUUCUGUACCUAGUCAGUCGUCGUCAGGAGAGAGGAAAAUAUUUGCAGCGCAGUGAAAAAGUGCCCGAGCAGCUUUUUUUUUAAAUAGUUAGCAAAGAUGUCGUCGUCUGCAAAUUCCAACCAACAUCAGCAGCCAUCCAGCAGUAAAGCCAUUUCCCGGCAGCUGAAGGCCAAAGCGAGCGAGUUCCUCGCUGGCCCGGAAAGCGCAUCCAACAAUCUGCUGGAAAUCGUCGCGUUUUUGAAGGAGAGUAAUGCACGGAAAAGUGCCGUGAUCCCUGCCCUGCUGGUGGUGGAGUCCAUUUUCUGCGAGCUGCUGAAACGAAAUGAGAUGCAAAUCGUCGUGCAGCCAUUAAAACCAGCUGACGAAUCAACCGGAUCGUCUCACAAGCAGUGGCUGCAAGCUCAGUACAAAGAAUCGUUCAGUGCCAUACUGGAGUCGGUCGGCCACGAUAAGCCAGCGGAAAGUUCGCAAGCAUUGGCCACGGCCAUGAAGCUGAUUGUGGCGGAAACGGAACAUCCACUGGAAGCCAAUUCUGGCACGGUUCACUUUCCGUUGUCCAAGCUUCGACAAGUGCUCCAAGCGAUGCUGUCCUCGGAUCGACUGAAUACCCACCUGAUGAAUCGGUUUUUGGAAUAUUCGGCCCAUCUGGAUGUGAUCUACUUCUGCUGGAAGAUUGUGCCAUCGUUGGCUCCGAAAGAAUUCUGCCCAAGUACGGUGUUCAUCCAGAAUUACCUCAGCCUUGUGGGAGCCAUUUGCUUUGGCAAGGAAGCAGUAGAAGAAUCCCCAAGUUUCCUCUGCAUUCAGAUGCAGCUGGACUACCCCUACAUCCGGAAGCACAUCAACAAAACUUGGUCUUGCGUUAUGAACUGGAAGCACGACGAAACCAGCCAUCGGCAGCUGUUGAUUCUUCUGCUGGAGAAAGUUCUCUCCCAUCUGGAUAAACCGGUCCUGCUGACCGAUUUCCUCAUGGAUUCGCUGGACGUUGGCGGUGCCAUCAGUCUCCUGGCCCUGCAGGGCAUCUUUGUUCUCAUCCAGCAGCACAAUCUCACCUACCCGAACAUCUACGAGAAGCUGUACUCGAUGUUCGAACCGGAAAUCUUCCACACCAAGUUCAAGGCUCGCCUCUUCUACCUGGCGGACAUUUUUCUUAGUUCCAGCCAUCUCCCGGAAGGCCUAGUAGCCGCCUUCGUAAAGCGACUGGCCCGCCUGGCCUUGAUCGCCCCACCGCAGGACAUCGUCAUCAUCCUGCGGUUCAUCGGUAAUCUCUUCCUGCGACAUCCAGCGCUGAAGCGUUUGAUUUUCCAUCCCACCGGAGGCGAAGUUCCCCAAGACCCGUACGUGAUGGAUGAACGGGAUCCGAUCAAGUCGAACGCCCUCGACAGCUCGCUGUGGGAAGUGGCCACGUUGCAGUCGCACGUGCUGCCUUCGGUGGCCACCGCUGCCAAGUUUAUCUCCAAUCCGUUCCCGAGCGCCGAGUGGGAUCUGGCGUCCGUGUUGGAAAUCAACGAAAAUGAUAUUUUCGACAAAGAGAUCGCGCGAAAGUCCAAAGAAUAUGCCUUAAACCUGGAGAGACCGACGUCAAUGUUCGUGCACUGCGGUGGCGAAAAGACGUCCCAAUGCUGGAAGCUAUACUGAGUUCGCAACGCCACCGGCUUGGGGACACAACUUUAAAAAAUCAUCCAAAUUGGUUUGUUUUUUUUCUCCUUCUCAUUUUAUGACAUUUUCAUCUGCCUAACCUGUAGGCAGUUUUUGGUUAUUACAAAAGCGUACGACAUUUUGUACCACAAACAUGCAAACACUAACGGGAAACUUUUUGUUGUAAAACUGAAUUUCGGUUAGAUUUUAUCAACUUAUCUGUAUAUCAUGCAACAAACACAUUUAGUAGCUUAGCUUAGCGCGCUGGAAAAGCAGCUUAUAAUCACAUUACGAGGUGUAUAACGGAAAUAUUAUGUCUUAUCUGUAAUAUGCGCAUUACCACAUCUACAAUAGAGAAAGAAAUCCAUCAUACACGACAACCAGUAAAUGUAAUAGCCAUCCUUCGCAAUAGAUUAAAUACCGAAUACAGGAUCACAAUUACUAUUCGAAUAGUAGACAUUAUCAGAAUUAUGAAAUUGUAUAACUUCUCAAUAUAGUCAUAGUAAUAACCAAAUCCGCCAGCAUAAGGAGUAAUUCUCACUGAGACUUACCCUUAAACGACUAAACAGAAUGAAAUAUAACGUUCCUAUCCCGUCACACUUGAGUUGAAGUGUGCCGUAGAGCAAGACAACCCCUACACAAGCAGUAUGAUUCAUUGAAAACCCCCUCGAAAGCAACAGAAACCACACUGAUGAAAUGCAAAAAAAAAAACGUAUCGAUAUACAAUAGGUUCAUGUUGAUUGUUUUAUUCGAUGUUAUUUAUUGCUUAAUUGUAACAAUUACAUGCAAACUGAAGAAAAAAAAAGUAAAGUGAUAUUUUCAUUGUUCAACUUUGAAAACACAUUGGAAACAAAAAAAAAACAGGAGAAGGAAGUAAGUGAGUAGCGUGUAGAUAACACACACGACUUACCACGGAUGUGAUGCAAAACCGUUCAAAGUGUCCCUCUUGUCGGAACUUUGGUUGGAACGCGCAAAAAAAAAAAAAAUGAUAAAUGGAUCAUUCAGAACCGACACGGUUCUUCGAUUGGACAAACUAGGAAUGUAAGGAACCGCUGGCUGUAGAGCAGACUCGUCUUGCGUGAAGAGUUCCCCGUAUAGCUGAUAAGUAGGAUAUAUUUCAAUUGAACAACAUGGGAUACCAUUUGAGCGCCAUGAAUUGCAGAACCACAGCAACAACACUUACUAUUCGUACACAAAUACAUACACACAUACAAACACAUCUAUUAACCUGUACUUUAUAGAUAUGAAAAAGGAAAUCUUUACAAAAAAGCAGCGGUGAUCAUAGGAUAUUUGAAUUAUAAUGAUGUAGACCUCUAUACAGUAAAGAAAAAAAAAAAAGAAGCAAAAGGAUGAGUUGACAAAUGAGGGAGAAUGAUAGAAAGAUAGAGUACAUACAUACAAUAUAAAGGCCAAGUUCGGUUACUCUUCCAA